CGCCAUCAGCAUCUUCUCCAUCUGUCUCUCAUUCUGCCAUGGACAUCGAAGAAACACACCUCCACUGCCCCAAUUGGACUGACGCCAAUGAGGAGAUCCUCACUGGGCCCUUCAACUACCUCUACCACCACCCCGGCAAGGACUUCAGGAAGUUCAUGGUCGAGUCCUUCAACAAGAUCCUCAAGGUCUCCACCAACGACUUGCACAAGAUCGAGCAGGUCAUCGACAUUUUGCACUGCUCCUCGCUCUUGAUUGACGACGUCGAGGACGACGCCUUGCUACGAAGAGGCAUUCCUGCUGCCCACACUGUUUACGGUGUUCCCAUCACCAUUAACUCCUCCAACUACAUGUACUUCAAGGCCUUUGAGAUCUUGAAAACCCUUGCCAACCUCGAGUCCUUUACUGUUUUCAACGAGGAAAUGUUGAAUCUCCACAGAGGCCAGGGCUUGGACCUCUACUGGCGAGAGACCCUAACCUGUCCCACUGAACCUGAGUACUGUGAAAUGGUAAUGAACAAAACUGGCGGCUUGUUCAGAUUGGCCAUCAGACUAAUGCUCUCGAAUUCUUCAAUUGCAAAAGCAUAUCCCAUUGCCUCCUCUCUGCUCAUCAAAUUAAUCAAUCUCUUUGGAAUAAUAUACCAGAUCAAGGACGACUACCUCAACUUGCAAAGCGAUAACUACGAAAACAACAAGGGCUUUUGUGAAGACAUCUCCGAAGGCAAAUUCUCCUUCAUCAUCAUCCACGCCAUUAGAUUCAAUUUAAACAAUAAAGAAGUCAUCAGCAUUCUCAAACAGAAAACAAAGGAUAAAUCCCUUAAGAUCUACAUGCUAAACUAUAUGCAAAAUGUGUCAAAUUCUUUCAAAUACUGUGAACAAACCUUAUCCAUCCUCACCAAAAAGGCCGAGUCUCUAAUUAACCAAAUCGAAAUCGAAUUUCAAAUCACCGAUAGAUCAAUCACCUCAGAUUUAUAUCUAAUCUUGAAAAAACUAGCUUCAAUUUGAUCUGCCUCCCAGCUAAUUCUUUUACUCGACCCUUUUUUUCUUACUCUGUAUACCAUAUAUAUGUUUUUUUUCUUUUCUUUUCUUUUCUUUUCUUUUCACUCUAUUUUACAUUUGGGUGCUAAUUAUUGGUUUUGUAUUUUAUUCUCUCACAGCUCUUUGCUCAUUGCUCAUUACCCACUAUUUAUUUCUACUUCUACUUUUAUUCACCUUAAUCUACCUCUAACUUAAUCGCAAUAAAUAAUACCAUGU